GUCUACAGUCUCAAAAGAAGUAAAUACAGGAGCUGGAAUUUUUGGUAAGUUCAUAGAAGAAUCCUGCCCAGAAAUAUGAAUGUUUGGAAGCGAGUUUGCUAACAUUCUUUCGUAAGUUGAAUUAAGGAGACCUCUAUUUGAUAUUAAAUGAAUUACUCUUAAAAUAGUAAAUCUUUUCACUUCUGUGAGUGAGUCGGACGUUUCUUUUUGUUUAAUAUCAAGAACCGUACAAAUUGCUAACCAAGUAAAGUUUUCAGUUGAUGUUUUAAUAUGUCAUGUAGUAAAUUGAGGAUGUGGUAGAUUGUGCAGUGCACGUAGUCCUUGCAAUUUUUUGCAUAUUUCGCUACUGAAGGAAGUUCGAAAUGGUUCCAAUUUAUAUUCUGUACCAUCUGUCACUGCCAUUAAUAAACAUCGUGCUGUAUUUUGUGUAAAUAAAUCUUCAUCUUUUCCAGUACUAAUAACUACAUACAUUUGAUACUCAAUUGGACUCGAAUAUGAUAUUCAUUAUUGGAAUCUAAGGCAAUUGAUAACUAGUAUGCUACAGGAGUUUUUUCUUUUUGUUGAAUAAAAUUAUUUAAAAGAUUUGUAUAGAAAUCAGCAAGAGAUGUUCAUUGGGGUGCUCUGCGCUUCUAUGUGUGCGUGAAGUGCUGAGGCUGUAGGCGUCUGUGAUUCUAUGUUAUUGGGUCUGUUUGCCAGGGGUCGCUUUCCUAGAUGAAACAAGAAAUUAGUCAUGGGGCCCCUAAAAGGCUCCUAAAGGAUAUAAUGACUAGCCGAAUAUUUAAUGUACAGUACAACCGUGUAUUAAGGUACCUGCAAUUAAUUCAAUUCCUCUAAAAAUUAUUAUCAUUCCUAUUAAACCUGCACUAUUUGUACCAAAGUUUGUAAAAAUAGUCCAGAAUUUUCCCUAUGCAGAUUGGGCGAUCCUAUCGAUUGUGAAUUCAUCCAGAAGGUUAAAUAUUAAGGGGUCUUGAUUAUUUAUAGGUUGUCCCAUUACUCCCCUUGCUAAGGUACUUAGGGCCAUAGGUUUGUCCGCAUGAAACAUAAUAUUAUCUCUCAAUUUAUGUAGAUCGGCUUGUGAAUAUAUUCAAUAGGAGUGGUUUACAUUUCAAACCAUUUUUCACUAAUGAAAUACAUUGAUGGAACAAAUAUGUUACAAAUUAUUUGAGUGCCUGUAUUUGAAAUAAUAUGGGUACGUGGAGUUAGAAAACAUUUAGAUUUCCUUUAAAUAUCGUGAGUUGCAUAUAGCAUUCCUUAGUUUCUCAAAAAACCACUUCGGGUUGAACUCAUGGAACUAUAUGGACUACUUCUCCUGCUACUACUGCCAUAUAACCCGGUCCUUUUAUCGAAUGAUAAGCGAAUUUGUCGGGUCUGUUCUGGAUAGUUUUUUUAGAGCUACCAAUCUUUGUCAAAUUUGAUAAGGAACAGUGUUGACGAAACAUAUAAAGUGAUGCUAGAAUAACAGCUUUUUUCAUAACACAUGUAUCGAAAAUUUGACUUUCGAUGCCCCCGUAGUGUACCGAAAUUUGUGUUUUCAACCCUAGACUAGAAAGUAGAAACAGGCGACUGCGAAAGUAACUUUACGCCGAAACCGGUAACGAAAGUAUAUACAUUCUACUUUAUCUGCAGUUGUCUGCAGCCAUUCCCCUCUUAUCAAACCUCGUUUCGAGAUUCGAGGCUAACUUCAGUCUCCAACCUAUAUCUGUCACUGCCUACGUAUUUACGUCACUUGAAUUUUCUUAGUAAAUUCUCAUAUCUCAUAAACUGAUAAAUACGUGAGUUGCAGGUUGCAUUUUCAUUCUCGAAGCGGGACCGCUACACUUCUUUCCAAUAAUCGAGAACAUUCCCAGAAGCUCGUCGAGGAGAGACUAACUUGGUCUAUUCUACGAAAUCUUUCAUUCGAGAUAAAUCUGUGAAUAAUGCUAAACUGCAUCCUGCAGUGACUAAAGAACAUGCGGCUGUUCAACCUCGCCCGGUUAGGCCAAGGCAGGCCCAGCAGCAUUCAGCACCAAUACCGCUUGAGCUGCAUCCGGCAUUGGCUGAUGAAGAUAUAGUAGCUGAACCUCGCUGGAGUAGUCGAAGGUAGGCCCAGCGGUAUGCAUGCACUGACAUCGGCUGAGCUGAAUCUGGAAAUGCCUGAAGGAGAUGCAGUAGCUCAACUCCACGGUGGUAACUUAAGGCAGGCCCAGCAGCAGCCAGCCCCACAGCCGGCUGAGCUGCAUCAGUUAGUGACCAAAGAAGCACAUGCGGUAGCACUGCAGCUUGCAGCUGAUGAAGGAGCGCAGGAAAUUAGGGCUGAAGGUGUUCAGCCGGAAAUGAUGCGUCCACUUCCAGAUCUUCCACUUUCCGAUGAUUUCGAUUAUUCAGGAUUCAACUACGAGCAGGAGCUUGAUACUUCUCCGGGUGAUGAAUUCUAGUUCAAUCUUUUCGAGGAAGAUGAAGAAUGCGACAUCACUUGUUUUGUGUGCAACGAAUAUGUGAUGCAUAUGCAAAUGAAUUUAUUAGGACCCAAGCACCCUGCACACCCAAGUUGUGCCUUUUCUGCCGCUCAAUCGUUGCCAUUUUCUGUUCGUGGUUAGACCAAGCCUACACUGAAAGCGUAUUUUUCUUUAUACAUAAAUGCUGUACUAAAUGCACAUCUAUUUUGGUACGACAUUUUCGUAAGACUAAUAAUUGUUUUCGAAUAGAAUACAUUACAUAGACUUACAAAAAAAAGUUGUCCGAGACAUGUGACUAGGCGACCCUUAUGGAUUUUGAGCCGCUGAAUCCGAAUAUGGCCUCAGAAUUUGUCCUACACGUCUCAGUUUUUCCCUAGAUGCAGAAAAUAGAGGGAAAACUAGGGCUAUUCUGCACAUUAGUUUGAUAAUACCAGUAUACAGACAAAUAAGCGUAUUGGUAUCAUAUUCUUAUGUGUUGCGACUCCUUAAGAUCGAAUUUAUACAUAAAAAUUCCCCAGUGUGCUUACCGUUUCCCCUAGCUAGGAUAAAUCUAAGAAAAUUGAAUGUCCUCAGAAUUUCCUCUGAAGUUUUGCGCUCUUGAUAUAAAUUUGCCCACCAAAAUUUUUCGAGCUUUUUCCAUUUUUCCCCUAGAUGUGAAAAGAAGGGCAAGAUCUAGGGAUUUCCUGGUCAAACAGUGCAUAACAAAAAUUUCCCUGCACAAAAGAAGUGACUAGGCUACCCUUAUAGAUUUAGAGCUGCUGAAUCCAAACCUGGCCUCAGAACAUCUCGUGCACGUCUCAGUUUUCCCCUAGAUG